AUGGAUGUCUUCCUGGACAUUCUCGACACGUUGAUCCUCGAUCGAUGCUAUGCAUUUCUCUCGCCAGAUUUGAAUGCUGGUCUUGGAUAUUCCAAUGCCACAAGCUCCCAGUUGAAUCGCCAUGUUAAGGUUUACUAUCCCAUGGAGCCCUCUCGAUGGGCUGAAGCCAGCCUUUGGAAACGAGACAGUCUUGCCCGACAAGCAUUGUCAUUAUACGUGAUUACCUGGCUAUUCGCCAUGAUCAUGUAUUUGCUCGGCAGCCUUGUAUUAUACUACACAUUAUUCGACAAGAGACUACUUCGACACCCCCGAUUCCUUGCAAACCAAAUCAAACUCGAAAUCGAACAAGGAAUCUCCGCGAUCCCAGUCAUAACAUUCCUCACGGUCCCAUUCUUCAUCGCAGAAAUUCGCGGCUGGUCCAAGCUAUAUGAUUUCACAAGCGAAUCUCCAUUUUGGGGAUACACACUGUUACAAUAUCCGUUAUUCAUCUUAUUCACCGACAGUGGAAUCUACUGGAUUCAUCGCGGCUUACACCAUCCUGUCGUCUAUCGCUGGCUUCACAAGCCUCACCAUAAAUGGGCUGUUCCAACGCCUUUUGCUAGCUAUGCGUUUCACCCGCUGGAUGGGUGGUCGCAAAGUCUACCAUAUCAUAUUUUCCCGAUGUUGUUUCCGUUGCAGAAAAGUGCCUACUUGGGACUUUUCGUUUUUGUGACCAUGUGGACGGUUUUGAUCCAUGACGCUGAGUAUCUACCAAAGUCCGAGAUUAUCAAUGGCGCUUCAUGUCAUACUAUGCACCAUCUCUACUUCAAUUACAACUAUGGGCAGUUUACAACGGCCUGGGAUCGUCUUGGGGGAACCUAUCGGAAGCCUAAAGGCGACGCUUUCAUGGAGGAUAAACAAGAAGUGGAGAAGAUCUCUGAUAAACGCGAUUGA